AUGGGCUGUGGUAGAAGAGCGUGGAUGCUUAAGCUGCUGCUGCUGGUGGUGGUAGCGUUAGCCGCCGUCGAGUACCUCUUCGGCCUUCGCACCUACCUCGGCACGCCAGCCUUCAAUAUAACGCAGUCUACGAUCGAAACUGACGUACGGAAAUCACAACCCUGGUUUAAUCUACCUCUCUUUAUCCAAAACACUCUAAGCCAAAACUCGACACAAAGUAUGACGGGACAAAAUGGAACCGAAUACGUCAGAACCCCACAUUUACUCAACAAAAUAAUGGAGAGCUUAAGAAAUUUGGUAAGCGAAGACACGACGCAGGUCAACGAACAAUCUAUGCCGGUUUGUGAUGAAGUACCACCCGAUUUAGGUCCAGUUACUGCCAAUAAAACGGAAAUGGAACUAGAUUGGGUGGAGAAGAAAUAUCCCGAAGUCGAUAGUGGAGGAUUCUAUUCACCACCAAACUGUACGGCGAGGCAUAAAGUAGCCAUAAUUGUGCCAUUCAGGGAUCGCCAUCAGCACUUGGCGAUUUUCUUGAACCACAUGCAUCCGUUUCUUAUGAAGCAGCAAAUAGAAUAUGGAAUUUUUAUUGUUGAACAAAACGACACUAGCGCCUUUAACCGGGCAAAGCUAAUGAAUAUUGGUUUUGUCGAAAGCCAAAAGAAGAAGCCUGGCGGUUGGCAAUGCUUCAUUUUCCACGAUAUUGACCUGCUGCCUCUGGACUCUAGAAAUUUGUAUUCAUGCCCGGAGCAACCGCGGCACAUGUCCGCAUCCAUCGAUAAACUAAAGUUUACAUUACCUUAUGAUGGUAUCUUCGGUGGCGUAUCUGCAAUGACCUUGGAACAGUUCACGAAGGUCAACGGCUUCUCCAAUAGAUACUGGGGCUGGGGUGGAGAAGACGACGACAUGUUUCAUAGGAUGAAGAAGAUGCACUACCACAUUACGAGGUACAAUAUGUCCAUAGCUGUUUAUACAAUGCUUGAUCAUGAAGAAUCGGCACCGAAUCCGAAAAGGUUUAAGCUUCUAUUGGAAACCAGUAAAACACUUGAAAAGGACGGCUUGUCCACCCUCAAAUAUGAUUUAGUCCACGUUGAACAGCAUCAUCUGUACACCCACGUUCUAGCCAAUAUAGACGAGAGGAGCUGA